AUGGAAGGUUCAAGUCCUUCCAUUGAUCCAUUUUUUGACCCACUUGUAGGAUUUGAUUUUGAAAUUGAAUCAAAUUUUAUUGACAACCAUAUCAUGGGAGAGGAGAAGAAUGAUAUUGUGAUGGACACUGUAUCUUGGAAGCCGCGUGAGGAGGGUGACGCUUCAACGCACGGCAGCCAUAUAGGUCCAGUGACCAUAGCACCGGAGUGUACGACGGAGAAUGUGAGUGCGCACGGCAGCCACAUAGGUCCAAUGGCCCUAUAUGAUUUGACACGAGAGUUUACAACGGAGAAUGUUUUUGCAUCUGAAGAUAUGUUGAGAGAUUGGAUAACAUCUACCGGUAAGGAAAAUGGGUUUGUAAUUAUCAUAAAGUCGGCAGAGAGAAUGACAAAGAACCGAAGGCCAAGGAUGCGGUUUGCAUGCGAACGGGGUGGAAAGUUUAGACCGUUUAUCAACAAGGCAAAGGACAAAGGAGGUAAUGUGAAGGAGAAUGGCAAUGGCAAAGAAGCGAAGGCAAAGAAGAUAGCACGCGUCACAGGAACUAAGAAAUGCGAAUGCCCGUUUCAACUGAGAUGUGUUAAGGGGUUGGAAGGUUGGACUGUCACUGUCUACGACGGCAAUCACAAUCAUCCUCCUGCGAAACAGCUUGAGGGGCACGCUUAUCCCGCGAGGUUAUCUUUGGAGCAGUCGAAUAUGUUGGUGGAUAUGUGUGUUUCGUCAUUGUCUACACCGCGAGAGAUCCUAAGUCUAAUAAAGGGCAAGGAUGAAUUCAAUGUAAGUUCAAUUAAAACCAUCUACAACGCACGCUACAAGCAUGGGUUUAAGGACCGAGCGGGAAGAUCUCAAAUGCAAUAUUUAUUGGCUAAGUUACAAGAAUAUGGGUACAUCGAGUUUAAUCGGAAAGAUGACAAUGACUGUGUGAAGGACUUAUUUUGGUCACAUCCUACUUCUGGUGACAUGUUGCGUGCUUUCCCUCGGGUUUUGUUGAUGGAUUGCACAUACAAGACCAACAGAUACAGGUUUCCUUUGCUCCAGAUUGUUGGCAUUACAUCCACCGAGAGGACUUUUUCGGCUGCCUUUGCAUUCAUUGAUGGGGAGAAAGAGGAAAACUAUACGUGGGUGUUGGAGAAAUUGAAGAGUAUAAUGGAUCCUGCUGCACUUCCCGGUGUUAUUGUGACAGACAGGGAGUUAGCUCUAGUGAAUGCCAUUACAAGAGUGUUCCCAACGGCCAGCCAUCUUCUUUGUCGAUGGCAUAUUGGGCAAAAUGUAUAUGCCAAAUGUAGAAAGAUGUUUGAUGAGACGACUUGGGCUCUAUUUAAGCAUGCUUGGGAUUCACUGGUGUACUCACCGACUAUAUCUUUAUACGAGCAAACACUUUGUACAAUGAAGCGGGAGUUUGUGCUAUAUCCAGAUGCGCUUCUGUACGUUGAGACAAAUUGGUUGGGACCGUAUAGGCAGAAAUUUGUAUCAGCUUGGACGAACAAUGUAAUGCACUUUGGCAACCUGACAAGCAAUAGGGUUGAGUCUGAACAUGCGAAGCUGAAAUCCCACGUUGCGAAUUGCCAAGCCAACUUCUCGGCGGCCUGGGCUAAAAUGCACGACUUGGUUAAAUUACAAAUCACGGAUAUAAAGGGUAGCUUUGAGAAAAGUUUGAAUUGUUGGCAGCACCAGUUUAGAAUUCCUAUCUUUGACCAUUUAAGGGGAGCUACUUCACAGACUGCCAUGGGUUUGAUGUUGCCGGAGAUUAAGAAAAUUGAUGACAUGGUCGUGGAGGACAAGGUUGACUGUGGCUGUCCUAUUCGCCGAAUCCAUGGUUUACCUUGUGCUCACGAGAUUGCUCCAUUCAAGAAUCGGGGUGAACCCAUACCGUUGUCGUUGAUUAAUGAUCAUUGGAAGAUGCUUUCGUUUGAGAAACAUAAAGAUGAUGGGGCAAUUUUGAAACUAAUGAAUGCCGAUUGGAAUAUCUUUAUGGCCAAAAUGGUUGGCCAAAACCCUAUGACCCAUAUGCAUUGGAUGAAGACUUUGAAACCCAUUUUGAAUCCAUCAACCAUAUACCUGUCUUCACCCCAACAGAAGGUCCAGACCCGCGGUCGAAAGUCCGGUUCGGUCAAUAAGUCAAUGCGUAGGAACCCGUCUGAGUUUGAGUAUGUUGAGGCAUCCUUGGAAACUCCUAAGUCGGUCAAGGAAAAAACCCCUAAGGCUAAGGCAGUUGUGAAAAAAAGGCCCAAGGCGAAUGCCAUGGCGGAUGUGGAAACUCCCGACAAGACCACAAAAAAAAAAAGCAUCAAUGCGGUGGAUGAUAAUAGCCCCAAGGGAAAGGCCAUUGUGAGAACCCCCAAGGCGGCAAAGAAGUUACCGAGGCGGAAGAAGCCAAAACUUCUUGGAACCCUUUUUGUAGGACCGUACCUUAAUAACUUUCCGGAACCAAUUCGGCCGCACGUAAAAUCUAUAACGGAUGUGACAAGUGAUGGAAAUUGUGGGUACCGAGCGGUAGCUUAUUUUAUGCACCAAUUCGAGCACAAUUGGAAGACAUGCCGAAAUGAUUUGCUCUUGGAGGUGAAUAACCAUUAUGACCUGUACGAAAAGAUUACUGGUAUCGGAGCUUCAACUUAUAAUGUGGUGGUUGUCCUCCUAUCCCAACUUCAAUGCCUUACUUUCCUUCCACUCCAUUCUCGUCCUCCAUCAUCAGACCAAAUAAGGGUUCUUGGAAUUGGACUUGUGAACGGAGAUCACUUCGUACAGGUUGAUCUAAAAGCAUGUUCCCCCGUGCCGCCUAUUGCCAACAAUUGGUUCAAAUUUCGAUGGGAGGAGGCCAAUGAAUGGGAGACACUUUUUUCUGCCGAAAUGGAAGCAUUUAAAGCCAUAAUAGGAAGUGAUGUAGCAACCGCUGAGUCGAUUGACGUAGAUUAG